AUGCUUUCUAUUUUUUACCUGCAUUCUAUUACCUCCUCGCCCUUUCUCUCUCCCCGCCUUCCUCUUCUCCCUUUACUUUCCCUAUCUCUGAUUCUUAGCAUCUCUCUGUUUCUCUCCUUUUUUUCUCGUUCUAUUUCCAAGUCCCUUUUAAGUUCUCCUCUUUUCUUUUUGAAUAGAUAUUUCUUUUACCGAUCCUCUCUCUCCUCUCCUCUCCUAUGGCUUCUUUUUUUUUUUUUAUUUACCCCUUGCUUUCUCUAUCUUUUUACCAGCACUUUUUUGAAUAAAUGGUAUUCCUUUUCUUCAUUCUUUUGUCCAAUUUCCUUCCUUACUCUUCAUUGUUUUCUUCCCGUUUUCCUUCCAUAUUUCCUUCGUUACAUUUUUUUCCAAGCUUUAUUCUCUUUUUUAUGUAUGUCAUCCUUUCUCUCUCCCUCUCUUUCUCUCUCUCUCUCUCUCUUUCCCUCUCUUCUCCCCUCUCCCCCUCUCUCCCCUCUUCCCCUCUCUCCCUUCCCCUCUCCCCCUCCUCUCUCCCCCUCCCCCCCUCUCUCUCUCUCUCAUUUUCUGUACAAAAAAAGCAAGGACCCUUUGAUUACCAUAUAUAUGUCUCUCUUUCUCAUAUUAUUCUCUUCAUUUUACUUCGUCUUUUUCCUUAUCUUUUUUUUUUCUCUUAUCUUUUUUCUUAUCGCUUCUCUCGUAAUUAUCUCUACGCCCUAUUUCUCUCUGUGUAUCUAUUCUAUUCCUUAUAUUUGUCAUCUUCUUUCUCUCCUCCACAUUUAUAUCUACCCAUUUCCCUCUCUCUCUCACUCUCGUUUUUCCGAUUAUUGCACUAAAUUUGUCUUCCUUUAUCUUUAUUUAUUUCAUUCUUUCUUUCUUUAUCCCUUCGCUUUCUUUUAUUUUCUUCACUUGGUAUUCUGUCAAUUUCUUUUCUUUUCACCUUUUCCUCUUCUCUCUCUGUGUUCUCUUACCUUCUCUAUGUCUGUAUCACUCAUCUUUCUUUUUAACCCUCUCUCUCUUUCUCUUUCUUUUAUUAUUCCCUUUAUUUUACUUCGUCUUUUUCGUCUUUUUUCUUAUCUUUCACCUCUCGCUUCUCUCGUAUUCAUCUCUACGCCCUAUUUCUCUCUGCAUAUCUAUUUUAUUCCUUUUACUUUUCCUCUUCUUUCUCUCCUCUACAUUUAUAUCUACCCCUUCCUCUCUCUCUCUCUCUCUCUCUCUCUCUCUCUCUCUCUCGUUUUUGUUUCCAUUAUUGCACUAAAUUUGUCUUCCUUUACCUUUCUUUAUUUCAUUCUUUCUUUCUUUAUCCCUUCGCUUUCUUUUAUUUUCUUCUCUUGGUAUUCCGUCUACUUCUUUUCUUUUCACCUUUUCCUCUUCUCUCUCUGUAUUCUCUUACCUUCUCUAUGUCUGUAUCGCUCCUCUUUCUCUUCAUUCUUUUUCCCUAAACUCUCCUUCAUUUCCAUCUUCCCCACUUUCCUUCUUCUCUGCUUUUCUCUCUUCUCAGACUUUAAUUAUUUUUCUGUUUUUCUCCUUAUCACGUUCCUGUUCAAACUAAUCGCCUGA